AUGUGUGGUAUUUUUGGUUACUGCAACUACUUGGUGGAGAAAUCCAGGGGGGACGUGAUUGAUACGCUUGUGGAGGGUCUGCAGAGAUUAGAGUACAGAGGUUACGAUUCGACCGGUAUCGCUAUUGAUGGCGACGAACCUGACUCCACAUUGAUCUACAAGCAAAUCGGUAAAGUGGCGGCUUUGGAAAAGGAGAUCGAGGCUGAGAAGCCCAACAGGGAUGUGACUUUUGUGUCACACUGCGGUAUUGCGCACACAAGAUGGGCCACUCACGGUGAGCCAAAGUGGUCCAACUGCCAUCCACAGCGCUCCGACACGGCCAGCGACUUUGUGAUUGUGCACAAUGGUAUCAUCACCAACUUCCGCGAGCUGAAACAGCUACUGAUCAACAAGGGUUACAAGUUUGAAUCCGACACAGACACUGAGUGUAUUGCAAAGCUGUUCAAGCAUCUCUACGACACGAACCUGAAGCAUGGCAACGAGCCCGACUUCCACGAGUUGACUAUGCAGGUGUUGUUGGAGCUAGAUGGUUCAUACGGUCUGCUGUGCAGAUCUGUACACUAUCCAAACGAAGUGAUUGCCACAAGAAAAGGCUCCCCUUUGUUAAUUGGUGUCAAGUCUGAAAGAAAGCUCAAGGUCGAUUUCGUUGAUGUCGAAUUCCCAGACACCGACGAGGCACAACCAGAGAUCCCACUUAAUAGCACCCGCGGCGAGGCUAGAAACUUUUUGCCUAUCGCAUCCAACGAGUCUGCUCUCAGACGCUCUCAGUCUAGAGCAUUCUUGUCAGAAGACGGUGCUCCAAACCCAGUUGAGUUCUUUGUCUCCUCUGACGCUGCGUCCGUGGUUAAACACACCAAGAAGGUCCUCUUCUUGGAGGAUGAUGACAUUGCGCACAUCUACGAUGGUGAGUUGCACAUCCACAGAUCUAGAAGGGAGAUUGGUGCUUCUGCAACCAGAUCUAUACAGACCUUGGAAAUGGAGCUGGCCCAGAUCAUGAAGGGCUCCUACAAGCAUUUCAUGCAGAAGGAGAUUUUUGAACAACCCGAUUCAACCUUCAACACUAUGAGAGGUAGAAUUGACUUUGAAAACAAUAGCGUGAUGUUAGGUGGACUGAACUCCUGGCUGCCGGUGAUCAGAAGAGCCCGCAGGCUUAUUAUGAUAGCUUGUGGUACCUCUUAUCAUUCUUGUUUGGCUACUAGAGCAAUCUUUGAAGAGCUGUCUGAAAUUCCAGUUAGCGUCGAAUUGGCGUCCGACUUCCUGGACAGGAAAACGCCAGUCUUCAGGGACGAUAUCGCAGUGUUCGUGUCGCAAAGUGGUGAAACGGCUGACACUAUGCUAGCUUUGAAAUACUGUCUGGAAAGAGGUGCUCUGACUGUAGGCAUUGUUAACAAUGUCGGUUCCUCAAUUUCUAGGGUUACUCAUUGUGGUGUCCACAUCAACGCAGGCCCUGAAAUCGGUGUCGCAUCCACUAAAGCUUACACUUCUCAAUACAUUGCCUUGGUUAUGUUUGCUCUUUCUCUUUCCGAUGACAGAGUUUCUAAACUGGACAGACGAAGAGAAAUCAUACAAGGAUUGAAGAAAAUUCCAGAGCAAAUCAGAAAGGUGCUACUAAUGGAGCCCCGUAUCAAGGAGCUUUGUGAAAAAGAGCUAAAAGACCAAAAAUCCUUGCUGCUUUUAGGCAGAGGUUACCAGUUUGCCUCGGCUUUGGAAGGUGCCCUUAAAAUCAAAGAAAUCUCGUACAUGCACUCAGAAGGUGUCCUUGCUGGCGAGCUGAAACACGGUGUGCUGGCGUUGGUUGACGAAAAUCUUCCUAUUAUUGCUUUCGGUACUAGAGAUUCUUUGUUCCCUAAGGUUGUCUCCUCCAUCGAGCAAGUUACUGCAAGAAAGGGCCGUCCUAUCAUUAUCUGUAACGAGAACGAUGAAGUUUGGGCUGCGAAAGCCGCUAAUAGCAACUUGGCUACGCUGGAGGUCCCCUUGACGGUUGACUGCCUGCAAGGCCUUCUCAACAUUAUUCCUCUGCAGCUGACUUCCUACUGGCUGGCCGUCAACAAGAACAUUGACGUGGACUUCCCAAGAAACCUUGCUAAGUCUGUUACUGUCGAGUAA